GGAGUUAAUGUCUGCAGGUCUCUGCCAAAUGCGGUUUCCUGAUUGGAAAGAGGGUCAUGGGGCCCUCGCAGGACGGUCACGGCGGCCUUAUUUCUUAAAGACACCACCCUGCAAGUAGGAGGGACACGUGCUCUGUGCAGAAGUGAUCCAUUUAGAUCCAUUUAGUGUGCAUUAGUACCAAUUAGCUUGUUGUAACUGCCAAAACAGAUUUCCGUGUUGUGUGCCAGAAGUGAGAGGAGUCUGUGGUUUUUCAGUUGGAUUUCCAGUUUCCACUUCUAAUAUUGAUGGUCUUGAAAGUGCAUUUGGAUCCAGGACAUUUUCUAUCAUUGAACAAAUCAAGAGCCUCCUCUCCUAUCUCAGAGCGAUACAGCUUAAUAUCAUAUGACCUCAUUUCUCCAUAUUACAUGAAAAAAGAAUUAUCUGUAGCUUUCCAUGAAGCUCAGCUAUUGCCUGUUAAUUUUGACUGUUAGUACUGAUUUUUCAAUUGGAUUUACACUGAAAAAUGUAGCUUUUAACAGGACAGUUGCUUUUGGGUCUUUCAAUGCUUCACUUCAUACAGUGUCUCAAGCUUUAGUAAGUUCUCCAGCACACCAUGAUAUCAUAGCCAAAGAAGGGACCAGUAUUUUAAUUGAAUGUAAACUGAACAUCAGCCAGUAUGAAUAUAUUCUUUGGUAUAACUCCAGAGGACACCUGCUUGAACAGAAGGAUGAAGGUGGCCGGUGGAGGAUUGCUGAUAAUUCCCUUAACAUCACAAAGGUCAACUUUGCUGAUCGGGGGCGAUACACGUGUGCAGGUGUUAAUCGUAAUGACACCUUGUAUUACACAGUCACCCUGAGGGUUACCUUCACCUCAGGAGACAUGAGUAUCUACUAUAUGAUUGUGUGCCUCGUUGCCUUUGCUAUAACCCUCAUUCUGAACAUAACCCGUCUGUGCAUGAUGAGCAGUCACCUCCGCAAAACCGAGAAGGCUAUCAAUGAGUUCUUCAGGACGGAAGGGGCUGAGAAGCUUCAGAAGGCUUUUGAGAUAGCCAAGCGUAUCCCUAUCAUUACAUCUGCCAAAACACUAGAGCUGGCCAAAGUCACUCAGUUUAAGACCAUGGAGUUUGCUCGGUACAUUGAAGAGCUUGCCAGAAGCAUUCCCCUUCCACCUCUGAUCCUUAACUGCAGGGCGUUCAUGGAGGAGAUCUUUGAGGCCGUGCGAGUUGACGAUCCCGAUGAAGUUGGUGAGGAGGAAAAACAGCCCCAAGCCUGUGGUACCCAAGCUGCAAUAUACCCCGUCAACCCAGAGAUCAAGCGCAGCGAUUCACCAGCCGGGGAUUCAGACGAUGGGUCCAUGAAUGAGCAAGGUCAAGAGAUAGCCGUUCAGGUGUCCAUUCACCCACAGUCAGAAGUGCAGAGCAUUGACACUGUUUCUCAUGACAGCUGCCAGUUUGCGCCUUCUGAGGAGGGCACCUGCUGAGGCCAGUGAUACGCUGCUGUGGAGAGAGCACAGGUGACCCUGGGAUGCUGCCAUAAGCGGUCCACAAACAAGCUGCCUCAGUACCAUAUGCACAAGAGUUUUCCAAAUCGUAAGGUGCCAGAACUGCUACUGAAAUCUGUAUUUUCUGUCAGUGUUGAGCUAACAAUUUCAAGUCUGUUAGAGGAGGCCAUUUGGAAUAUUGUACAGUGGCUUUUCUUUUUAAAGCAAGCUUACUAUACUUAAAAUAUUUACAAAACAGGAAUUCUUUGCCCUUGGCUCCUUGGUAGCUUCUAAUACUUUUGGUCUGUAUUAGAAGUGGCCAAGCUGAGCAGUACAACUUGCAAUAAAAUCUUUUCCUUUGUGAACUCUUUUCUUCCUUCACAAAGUGGAGCUGGAAUUCCUUUGAGUCAGUGUUGUCCUGAUGAAUUUUGUGUGCUCUUUUUGAAUUGCCUUUUGCUGUGUGUAGCCCAUCAGAACCAUGGUGAGCUUGUACAAAUCUGUUUUGUGUCGUGUGCUUCUGUGUUGCUAUCAAAAUGUACUGUACUUAGAAAAAGAAUAGUACCACGAUCUGCUGCUGGAUUAAACAAAUUGUAGUUUCAAAGCAGCUUAGAGAAGAACCAGGGGGUCUCAGUUUUCGGUGCGUCUGCAGCAAACUUGUGCAGCAUACUCUAGCGUGUGGAGGGCAAAUUAUUACGAAGCUUGUUGCUUAAACUUGGUGCUGAUUGCCAAAGCGCCUUACAGAAUGGAGCAGUAACAGCACUGCCAGCAUUGUCUGUCUUCUGACUUUGCUGAUUUCACUCACUAGAAAAUCCAAAGUUUUAUAUUGUGUUUGACAUUGUUGUGAGAAAAGAGUGACAGUAAUUACGUUGUGGCAUAAUUUAAAAAUGAAUUAAUCUACAGAUCAGGUGUCUCAAUUCUUUCUGAACAACUUUAUAAUAAAGGUAGUAAGAAGUAGCGACGCUCACAUUGCUCUGGGUAGCACUUUCAGAAAGCAGUGGAAGAAGCUGGUUAGCAGAGGGGGCUGGCUGAGCUAUUUGCCAGCCACUGUUUGCAAGAGUGGAGUAACUCACUGAACAUUCCCUGGCUAAUCCACUGAAGAGGGGUAGCAGAGAGAGCGAGUGGUGCGGGUGUUGACAUGUACACACAUAAGUCCUUCACCAAGGAUCUCCCACAUGGCGUCCUCAGCUGUAGAGAUCCAGCCUCCAGGAAUCGGAGUGCAGACAAGAAUCUAGUUUCUUCUUUCACUCUUUGGUGCUGAUUUUUUUUCUCCUUAACGUUUGUAAGUUGUAUCACUUAAAUAGCAUUUUAUAUCCUGUUGAGAUUUAGUAGAUGUAAGGCUUGUAAGCACUCCACAAAUUAAUUUCUUACAACUACUGGAAGCAUAUUGCCAUAUAAUUUUAACAACUUGGCAACAGGAGCACCAUUUAAUUUCCCACAACUCUUUUUCCUUUCCUUAUUAUUACAGAAAUGUCAGUUGAACAAGUGAUUCUGGAUGGCUGCUCAGGAUUCUUAAGAGGAUUUGACAUUACAUUUACAUGAGUAGGGAUAGAAAACAAGCAGGCACAGUGGUAAUAACAGGGUGGGGUCGUCUGUUGUAAUGCAUGCUCGUAACAAAGGAUCUGAACAAAUUAUAUUUAUCGUAUCAUAUCAGAGACGGGGAAACUAAAGCAUCUAUUACCAUUUUAAACUGCCUUCUGGGGAAAGUUCUGCAGUCAGCUACCAGUAAAUGCACCCUAGUUGGCUUUGGUGUGUCGGCUAAGAGUGAUAUUUGUCAGGAAGGAAGAAGAUUGCUAGCCUUGGUUAUAGUAGCAUUCCCACCAGCUUGGUACCAUUUCCAAGACCGUAGCAAAUUUUAACUGCUUCAGGGGAAUAAAGUCUUCUGUAGACACAGGAGCUACUGCCCUCAACAGUAACUUCUUUUUUGUUUCCAUAGUUUGAUGGCACUUUAUGUCCAGGUGAAAAGUUUGUAUAGUUUUGUGUUACCUGUCUGCUUUCUUCAACUUUUUAGAGGUGAUCAGUGUUGAAAGAUACUCUUGUAGAUAAACACCUAGUUCUCUUAGAAGCCCCGCUAAGAUGCUGCUGGCUUCACUUCUGUACUACAGCCAGCUCUGCAGGUUUGUUGCAUAUGCAUGAGUGGAGAUUUGGGGGUUUGCACCCUUUUGGAUGUCCUGGUUGAAAGAGGUGAAGGCUACAAGACAGAAUGAUCUGAUUUAAUCUUUGUGCCACAGGCCAUCAGGAAUGUACCUGCACCUGCCUUUUUUCCCCGUAAACAGCUCUCCUUGCUUCUGUGAAACUACUGCAUUAUAUGCAGCAGUAGCAUCUUGGACAUUUUGCCCCUGACUACACACACAAUGUGGAGAUGCAGCCACAAAAUCAAAGUUCCAUGUAGUUGCUUCCUAAGAAGCAGUUACGCAAUCGUGAUUGAGAGAUGGUUCAUCAGAAGUGGCAGCUUACAGGCAGCAGAGUGACAGUAGGGGUGUGUCAGGUGGGUGUUAGGAGAGCAGUUUCUAGAUGAAUUCAAUCUGUUCUUUGAUUUUUAUACUUUAUUUACAUAGCUCCAAGUCCUUACUAAGCACAGUUACUCAGUGUCUUCGUGUGUACUGUUGCUGGUGGAAAGCAUGAUCAUGCGUAAAGGUCCUCAGAAAUGUGGUGGCAAUGUCAAUUGCUGGAUAGUAAAGCUAAGAGUUUUCCUGAGUUAUUACAGUAUUUUGUUCACUAAAUUAAUUUCAUUCCCGGGAAGGAGGCUGUUUUGUAAGGAUUUCAGUAAAUUGGGAGUACUUAUUAAAUGUAGAAACAGAUCCUACUCCCACUGAAUUAAAUUAGAGCAGAUUUGAAGCUCAAGUGUAUUUUACAAACAAUAUUACAGGAUUAUUAUGCAUCUGAAAGCAAGGAUGAUGGUGACGUUAUACAGUAAAUGUAAUUUCCAGAGAAUGAAACUUACACUCGUUUCCAAACUUGUGAACUAUUCUUGUUAUCCUGAGUAGAUGUGUGCACUAAAAUUUGUUUGAUGCAUCUAAUUGAACAUUAACUUUGAAAGAUUAUGUAAACAUCUGUGUUUCUCUCUUAACCUUUUUGUAGGACAAGGAGAGUCUACAGUGGUUUCCUUGCUUUAAACUAAAUUUCUUGACAAUCACAAGGCUAUUUUAUCUCUUCUUUGUGACUUAUUUUUAUUUUAAAUAAAGGAAUAUGUAAAAUCUAUUUGUUACCCAAGAGUAUCUAAAACUAACUUUGUAGUGGUUAUUUGUAUUACCUGGAUUGUAAUGUAACUGUUUAAUGUAGCCACGUAGGAUUUCAUACUUUCGUAAAAUGAAUUGGUAGAUUUGCAAAAUAAAUUGAAAACAAAAGCCUGA